AUGAACAAGCUCCAUAACCUUGGGGUAACUGGAAAGGAGGGGUUGGACCGACUAUUGGCCAUUGUAGAAGGAUUAAGUGAGAGCAGCGAAGACUCGGAUUUGGAACCGGACGAUGAGGACAAAGAAGCAAUAUGGCAAGCGUUUUCUGCGUGCGGACUUCCUCCUCAUAACUCUGAAGCUACAACUUCAUCUUCUAUAUCGAAAGACAACGUGUGUGAAGCAUCUGUAACAAUAACGAUCCAGAACAAAAAGAAAAAUAUUACUGGUGUCGAUCUUGAAAAUGACUGUAAAAAUCAAGAGGUGGAUCUCUACAAAGCGCUGAAGGAAGCCUUAAUGAUCCGGUUGAAUGGUAUUUAG